AUGGCUUCAGUGACCGAUGGUAAAGCCGGAGUCAAGGAUGCUUCUGACCAGAAUUUUGACUACAUGUUCAAACUACUCAUCAUUGGCAACAGCAGUGUCGGCAAGACUUCCUUCCUCUUCCGCUAUGCCGAUGACACCUUCACCCCAGCCUUCGUCAGCACCGUGGGCAUCGACUUUAAGGUGAAGACUGUCUACCGCCACGAGAAGCGAGUGAAGCUGCAGAUUUGGGACACAGCUGGGCAGGAGCGGUACCGGACCAUCACCACAGCCUAUUACCGGGGAGCCAUGGGCUUCAUUCUGAUGUAUGACAUCACCAAUGAGGAAUCUUUCAAUGCUGUCCAAGACUGGGCUACUCAGAUAAAGACCUACUCCUGGGACAAUGCGCAGGUCAUCCUGGUGGGGAACAAGUGUGAUAUGGAGGAGGAGAGGGUUGUUCCCACUGAGAAGGGCCGGCUCCUCGCAGAGCAGCUUGGGUUUGACUUCUUUGAAGCCAGUGCCAAGGAGAACAUCAGCGUGAGGCAGGCCUUUGAGCGCCUGGUGGAUGCCAUCUGCGACAAGAUGUCUGAUACUCUGGACACAGACCCCUCCUUGCUGGGCACCUCCAAGAAUACCCGUCUCUCAGACACCCCACCUCUGCUGCAGCAGAACUGCUCGUGCUAG